UCUUUUAUUUACAUUGUUAAAUAAUUGUCCCUAAACCCCCAAUCACCAAACUUCCCUUGAUUCUCCCCUUGGCAUACCGAAUGAAACCCCUUUUGGUUUUUGGCGCUCUAUUUCUCAAUUUCCGUUUGUCCGUCUUUGGUUAUGGUCCCGUAGGUAAUACGUUGUUCACAUAUAGUGAAUGUGCUUCUGAUACGUACAACUGCAAAUUUUGACGGUUAAUUUUAUUGUAAUAUUUUUUUGUUUCAUUUCACAUAAGCAAUUGUAUAUUUUUAUUUCAACAUUUUAUUUUAAUCCUCAUUUUAUCCUUCUACAUAUAUUUUAUUUAUAUCUGAUCUACCUACUAUCGGUACAACUUUAUCAUGUCGUUUGUGAAGAGCAAAAUCAAGCGGUUUAACGAAGUCUCAAGUUGUGCACCACCACCUGGAACAUAUGAUCCAAAAAGUCCUUGUCCAAAACUUAUUAAAGGUUCUAAAUUUGACAAAGCAGAAAGAUUUAAAGAACCUUCUGCCCCUCAAACUGCCAAAAAAAUAGUGAAAGUUCAAUCAACGCUUAAAACCACAUCAAAUUUCAGUUCUCAAAGUUCAGUUUAUACUGAAUGUUCUAAAAAAUCUAACAAAACCAUAGAUUCUAAUUCAACAAAAAUUGGUUCAACAAAAAUAAGAGCUAAACGUCUUUUAGAAUUGAAAAAACUAGAUUCUAACCUUACUAAAGCUCUAGUUGACAUUGAAAAACUAGAUAAUUCUAAAAGUACAACUGAUACAUGUAAAGACUAUAUUAAUACAUGUCGCAGUGCUUGCUCAGAGGCAUUAGAAAACCGUGUGUGUAGAAUGGUCAUUGAAAAUUCUCAAGCUGCUUUGUAUGCAGUCUGCCAUCGUUUACGUGAAACAUGCAAACACAAUGAAAUUUUACAGAAAGAAACUGAACGUUUGAGAGAAGAAAUUGGUGAAAAAAAAUCUUUUGAAGAAUUGGCUGCUGAUCAAAUUGCUAUUGUUGAACGUAAACUUACUGAAAAAGUUAAUGAUUAUAUGAAAAUUUCAGAGACAGUUAAAGAUAAUUAUUUAGCUAAAAUGAGGUAUAUUCUGGUUGCUCUGGAUGAAUUAGAAUCUAUGGUUGAUGGUGAAGUAAAAGAAAUUAUUCAUAAAUUAAAGCUGGACAUUGAAAAUAUAGAUCCAGAAGGUCCUAAUUACAAACAGCUUUUAGAGAAAUAUGAAAAAACAAUAAAAAGGAACAUUCAUCUUGAAGAAAUUGCUAAGAAAUAUGACGAUUUAGAAAAAAAAAUAAUUGAUUUGACAAAUGAAAAGAAUGCUAUGGCAGCUAAAUUACAAAAUAAUAAACUAAAGACAACUGGUUUAUCAAAGAACCGUUUAGAUGCCUUGGCCACACCUCGCAGGCGUGUCGAUGCUGAGAAUAUCGCACCGAAAAAUAAAACUUAUGUACUUAAAAGUAACACUUUUAACACUGUUAAACCAGUUGCUCAGUCUUCUCCAUUGAGAGAAAUGAACUGGUAAUUGAAGUAUAAAUGUAUUAUUUUAUAUUUGAUUUUAAUUGUACCUACUUUUCUUUUUUUAUUUUAUUUAUCUGUCCAUCAAAUAUUUUAUGACUUAAUAAUUAACUUUAAGUU